AUGUCGACAAACGAUGCCCUCAUUGCGGAGGAAGGAAACAACACAGGAGAUGUUGCGACGUUUGAAAAGACUACCGAACGUGUCAAUUUCGAGCUUGAGCCGAAGGCUGUCGGAUUGACAAAAGAGCAACUUGAAAAAUACCGCAAUGAUCCUUUCUGGAAGCCAGUUAGAAACAUCCUCUUCGCCUUGUUCUGGCUCGCAUGGAUCGCAAUGUUUGGAGGAGCUAUCGCAAUUGUUGUGCUCUCACCGAAAUGUGCUGAAAAGCAAAAACCACAUUGGUGGCAAACGAAAGUUUCGUAUCAGAUGCUCACUGCAACAUUCCGCGAUUCGGACGAAGAUGGUGUUGGAGAUUUUGCCGGUAUAACCGAGAAGAUCGACUUUUUGCGUAAAAUUGGGGUGACAACUAUCUACCCGACACCUGUAAUCCAGGUUCAAAAGGAUAAUUACUUCAAUCCUUAUGAUGUCAUCGAUCAUAUGCAAGUUGAUCCUCGUUUCGGAAAAGAAGAACAUUUCAAAGAGCUUAUUGAGACAGUUCAUAACAGAGAUAUGUACAUUGUUAUGGAUCUUCCGGUUAGUUCCGUCUCUGUAGAGCAUCCUUGGUUUGUCGACCGUCUUCAAGACCAUUUCGUGACUGCUAAACCUGGGACACCAGCAUUCAAUUUGUCUAACUAUUAUCCGUUCCAUGGAUCAAAUACGCUGAAAUACCUGGGAUAUCCAACCAGCGAGAAUCCUGUUCUCAAUUGGAACAACAUAAAAGUUAAAGAAACAAUUAGUGAGGCUAUAAAGAAAUUCCUUCUCCUUGGUGUUGACGGAUUUCACAUUGACCAUGUUAGCCAGCUGGCAUUUGAUAGCAACGGAAAACCCGAUCACAAUCAAGCUAUUGAAAAUCUCAAAGAGAUUACUACAUCUAUUCGGGAUUUCAUUAAAGGACAUGCUGAUUUAAGAGAGAAGAAUAUUGUAUUGUUCUCUUCGCUUCGAGAUAUCGAAUCCCUUCAUACCGUUGCUCGCCAAACUGGAGAUUUGCAAUAUGUUAUUGAUAAUUCAUUUACAACUCUUACACAAGCCAAAUGUGAACCAUCAAUUGCCAAAUGUGUCCAUAAUGCACUCGAUACUGCUUACCAACGUCAUGAGAAUAAGCAAUAUGUACCGCAUUGGCAAUUCUCGAAUUCCGACUCUUCUCGACUUGCCAGUCGAUUUGAUUCGCAAACGAGUCAGCUCCUCAAUUUCUUGCAAUUGACUCUCCCUGGAGCUCUUUCAAUUUACUAUGGACAAGAACUUGGGUUAAAGGAUGGAGUAAAUAAAUUAGGAACUGACGGACAGCGCGGAAUAAUGCAAUGGACUCCAACAACUGAAGAUCAUCAUGGAUUCAGUAGUUUCAGUGGCGGGGAUUUGUUUUUUGCUGAAACCAACGAAUUGUCAGGACAAGACAAUUUCGAGACACAAUUUGGACUUGAGACUUCUCCAUUGAAAACAUACCGCAAAUUGGCUAAGCUUCGUCAGCGAGAUGAAGCUUUGAUUGUCGGUGAAACUGUACGAGAUGAGAUGCUCAACGAGGUUAUUCUCUUUUCACGAUUUGUGGAAGGAAAAAAUAAAACCGCCGCUGGAGCCGUCUAUGUGGUGGCUUUGAACUUCGGAGACAUUGAACAAGGGAUUGAUUUCGCCAAUGCUCCAUCGAAUCGUUUAAUUCCGCCAAAUAAGCAAGUCAAUAACGCCGAGAUUUCUGUCACUACCAUGAAUGUCACACGCUAUUCCUCUCGACAGAAGGUCGAUCUAACCAGCAACAAACUUAUUGUUCCACCAAAGCAGGCUAUACUCUUCAAACUCUAA